GGAAAAAAUAAAAACAGCUGAUUUGAGAUUUUGUGUUUUGUUUUGUGGGACCUGGGUGAACAUAAAAUUGAGAUCCUCAAAUAAAUGUAAUCUGGGUUAAAAUCCAAAUAAUGAUAAGGAAUUAAUUGAUGCCGCAAAACUAGCAAAAUAUCUUCACAAUUUUCUCGUUAUGCCGGUGUAAUCGUAAGUUUUCGUUGCUUCAGUUUGCUGUUAUAAUUUUUCUUUCAAUUUUUGUUGUUACACCCUUGAUCAUUAUGUUGAAGAAUAUUGUUGUUUUAUGUAUGACCAUCGUUUCUGCUAAAGCUCUACGACCCUAUGACGAACCCUGGCACAGAAGAUGGUUUCCCCAUGGACCUGGUGAACAGGAUUCGAACCAGGCAAUCAGCGAUACCAAAAACUUAUAUGAUGCACAUCAUGGAAUUGCUAUGGGGGUUGUUGAUAGUAGCUGCGAUGAUGGAAAGCUAAACCUUCAAAUGGACUGGUUCAACAAUGUAGAAAAUUAUACAUGCUUUGAAAAUAGAAGUCUUUUCUUACCUCAAGCAACGGUCCACCCUAUUCAUAGUGUUGAACACAUUCCCCAAGAAUAUAGUGCACCACACAAGUGUAUGAACGAGUCAAUUGAGUAUGAUGAGAUUAUACCUACCUUUGGGACCCAUAGGCCUCUAUGGGCAGUCUAUGGAGAAUACACUUUCCUACCACGACAAAGAUGGUUACACAACUUGGAACACGGAGCAGUAGUGAUGCUAUAUCAUCCUUGUGCCAACAUGAACGAAAUUAAUAUAUUGAGAAAAAUUGUCAAGAAUUGCCUUUAUAGGCAUGUAAUAACCCCAUAUAAUUUAUUGACACCAACAAGGCCUCUAGCAUUAGUGACCUGGGGCCAUCGCUUAGAAAUGUCUAAAGUCGCCCCCGACGUGGUGGUGGGCUUCAUAAGAAAGCACGGCCUCAGAGGACCAGAAAAAACCCAUCGUAAUGGCCAAUAUGACCUAAUGAUUAGGGAACAGGCCCAAGUUAUUUCGGAUAUGGACGAUCAAACUUUGUGUCCCAGAUUUUCUGAAAACGGGAUCGAAAUGAAGUAGAUACAAUUUUUUUAGUAAAAAGGAUCCUACUCUAUAAAAUAAUGUAUUUUUAACUCGAAUGAACCAACCAAUACUGGCAAAUUGAUAAGUUUGGUCUCGCAUUGCUAAGUUCUUAAAAAAAUAUUUUCUGGUAAGUAUAUAGGGUUUUCCAAAAAAAAAAAACAUAAUUAUGUUUUUGAGUUGUAACAUUUUUUAUGUUGACCAAUUUCUUUUUAUUUUGGCUUGUUUGAAAGAGAAAUGAACAGGCUAAUGAAUCAAACGUUUUUACUAAAUUCUAAAGAUUAUUAUUUUGCGAACAUUUCUAGACCUCAAAAGGAAAAAUAGGUUAAAAACUAAGUGGGAAAUAUUUAUGCUAGAAAGCUGAACAAGAAAAUUCAAACAGAUACUUCUGAAUAAAAAUCUACGAGUGUCAAAUGUGAUCUUUCCAAAUGUCAAAAGUUUCACUUUGAUUCGUUAACCUGUUCAUUUCGUUCGGUUUUUUUUUUUUUUUGGACUACCCUAUAAUCCCAUGAUUACUACUCACUAACUCUCCAAACUAAAUCAAGUACCUAACAAUUCAAGUUUGAAUUAUUUUUUUUUGUGAUAUGAUAACAACUAGGUGUAUAAAUGAAUUUUAUGUCCACUUUUACAAGAAACGAACUUAGUUGAUUGCACCUUUGUGGGUUAGUGUAACCACAUUUAUGUGCAGACAGUAGAGGUUUAUAAAUUGACCACCCACUAUAGAAAUAGUGUUGUAUGUUAAGCUAAAAAACUAAAAGAUAAACCUUACAAAACACCUACCAAACCAUAAUCAUUUUGGAAAAGAAUUAUUGAGUAUUUAGGGUUAGUAAUUUAAAUUUAUUUUCAUAUUGUAUAUUAUUUAUUUUGUUAUUUAUUGACUUUUAUGCGAGUCAUAAUAUAUAAUUAAGACAAUGCCUACCUUAUUAAGAAAUAUCUUGUGAAAAAGAUUUGGGAAAUACACACCUUCUCUGUGGUUAAAUUUUUACUAGAAAAUUUGCGAUAAAGUAAACUGUACGGAUUGUGUAAAAAUGUGCCCAGAAAAUUGGGCCCAUUUGGUGAGAAUUGUUUAACAUGUAAGCGAUAGGAAGCAAAAUGUAAACAAACUGUUGUAUGUAAAUUUAGGUGAUUUUUUUUGUAUCUAGAUACCGCAAAUGUAUUUUUGCAUUUGUUACAGGUUAUUAUGCCUAUUAUCAUUGAUUAUCGGCUUAAAAUGUAGUUCUCAAAUUCUUGACUGAAAUCGAUAAUAUUUUGUGCCAAACAUUUUGAUUUUAUGAAGAUAGGCUUGCACAUUUCUAUUAUUCUAUGACCAUAAUCAUUUAUCUGUAUUAUUGAGCCAAUUGAGGAUUUAUCUUCACUCUUCGAUUUGGCUUUUCAAUAGAAGCUUUUUGCAAAGCCUACAGUAUUUGCUAUCAACUUUGUGUCUAGUUAGUUUAGGACCACAUCUAGCUUUACAGUGUACAGAAUAGUGCCAAAUUGGAUUUUAUCACUGUUCAUAAUAUUAUGUCUUUGAAAUGUAACUUAUCAAAAUUAGCUUAAAAUCUCUUGGAGAAUCUAGCAUCACUUUGUCUAUACAUAUACGUUUGAGUUUGUCACACUUGAUGACUUAAAGGCUUGCCUCUCAGCACAUCAGCUGCAAGAAGGCUUAAAUAUUGGUUCAAUGACAAUAAUAAUUAGAAACCUUCUUUAUUGAUGAUACAAUUUCUGGUUGAAACUUUUUUGAACAUUCCAGCAUUUCCUAGAUACUAGGAUACAAAGAAAACAACCUCAAGAGUAAACAAAAGUAAGUUUCAACUGUAAAUAAUAUUAUAAUGCAAAAAAAGAUUUACCCAGAUUACCCAAAAAAGUUUGGGUAUUUUUCUUUAGUACUAGGUACGUGUUCAACCUUUUCUAUUUCAACAAAAGUCUGUCUUUUGAGUUUGCACAUUUUUCCAUGAGCUUCCGGCUUAAUCAACACUUUUUAGAUACAUUUAACACAACGGGCAAUAUCUAUGAGCUCUACGAAUAUGCAUCGCAAGUCCUUUUUCAAAAUUUUAAACUUGAGAGCAGAUGCUACAAACACUUUUAAAAAGUACCAAGUCAGGGUCAAAACGUGGAUCAACUUCCAUAGGGUUUUCACUAGUUUUCAGGGAUUUUUGUGACUGGCGGAUUUUUCUUCGGGACCGCCGUGUCAACUUAGAAACAUUGAAAAGAUCAUAUUGGACUUUCAUAAAUUUUUGUUCGGAAGUAUCCAUUUGAAUUUUCUUAUUCAGCUUUUUAGCUCAAAACAUUUUUAGAAAAGACUAAGAUUCGGUUUGACAUUUUUUAUCUACUUUGUGCACAGCGACAAUACCUGUUGUCUGCGAAUAUUUGUUUUCAAUUUUUUUAUUUCAAUUGUCAAAUUGUAUAAACUUAGAAUGACUAUUUAAUUUAUCAGCUAGCAAAAAUGUAUUUUUAUCAACUAUUUCUGGAAUAAAAUGGUCAUUAGCUAUAUAACUUGAUAAAUUUUGAAUUUUAGAAGCUUUGGUUUCUGUCUAAAAUUCAAAAUUACUAAUUUUUGCAAAUUCACAUUGGGUAGACAUUUCCUUUCCUCUAAAGAAAGUCUGUGUAUAAUCAAGCUUUGGUCUUUUUCCAUUACCUGAUAGAUCCAUUUCAUUUUCCUUUUGCUUCUCAAGACAAAGGAAUUUGCGUAGGUCCAAUAGGCAGUCGAAUCCACACAGAAGUUACUUGGUCAAUAGGCUCAAUCUUAAUCCCAAUAGGGUAGGUACUUGCAUGGAAAAUUAAAUUGAUUAUUGUUUAUUGCAAACUGUAGGAAAUCGAAAAAAAAUCGUUACUUUUUUUUUAUUUCGCCCAAAUAUGAUUAUUCCCGAAGUUAUACAAAUAUUAAGUUUUGUAUAUAUAGAUAUACUGAGCAUGUGCAACGUCACUAAUCUAUAUAAUAAGUGACGUCAUAGGCAUAUUUCAUAGCGUUGUAUCUCCGUCAAUUUUUGACUAAGAAGAAAAAUAAAAAAUACGUGUUGACUUAUUUUUCAUGGACUAACAAAACCAGCAAUAAAAAAAUUGAUGCAAGUACCCUAUUAUAUUCCAUUACACCCUUCGAAAAUAGGCCGUUAUAUAAGGAUUGCCCUCUUAUAUGUAUAUGAGAGUUGAUAAAGGAAACGAGUGGAAAAAGAUUGAGCCUUCUUGACAGCUGAAAUGCCAUAAAUAAAAAACUUUUGGAUCUCAGAUUAAUGAAUCGUUUUGCUAUAACCUCAGUAGUUUUUAGCUUGGCAUUCUAUCCAAAUCCUUUCAAAAUUGGACUACUCUCUAACACACACAGUGUCUUUCCAAGAAGCUUUAUUCCAUAUAUAAAAUAAUAAUAAUGUAGUCUUUAGGUCUGUUCGCACAGAAAUCACAAAACAGCAAAUUUCAUUGAUUGAAAAUGAAAUUCGCUCUGACUGGUCUGUGAUUUCUGUGCGAACCGACCUUUUAAAUCAUCAUAGCAGUUUGUCGAGUAUAUUUCUAGGCUAUGUAACUAUUUUUAAAUCUAUAUUGUAAUAAACCUCAUUUCCCUAGUUGUAAUAGUUGUUUCAAAUAAUGACUUGAUGCAAUAAAAUGUUGAGUAUUUUUAUCUUUGUCACUGUCUAUAUCACUUACUUUGUCGCUUGUAUCUACUAUCAUAUCUUGUGAAAUGAGCUGUAAGUUCAUAAUAUUAGAAACAUCGCUUGGUAAUAAAAUUCUCCUUAAAUACCUACCUGAGAAUGCAUAAUACAUUAUUAUGCAUAUCGGUAUAGAAUAUAGGUAAAUAUACAUGUAAACAAAAUAUAAUUAUUGGUGUUAAAAUAAACUUGGACAAAUAAAAAAUAA